CAAAGGUUUUAUGACACAAAACUAUUGUCUUGAGAACUUUUCUUUCCUAGACAUUGUUUCCAUUAACAUGAGAUUAGGAGAAAAUGAAACUACAGAAAGAUAUUCGACACUGCUAGCAAAGGAAAAAGAAGUGUUUGCUGGACGUAUGAUGAAAUAUCUAGGUGCGUUUUAUAAUGCGAGGAUCUUGAUAUUAUCACCUGGGCUCAUGGAGGUUCUAUCACAAGCUCCAGACUUAUUAAACUGUCAACGUCUUCGAUUUUGUAAUUUACGGCGCAUCGAUGUCGAAAUGUGGUUUACAAGAAGCAGCUUGCAUUCACUAGCUUACUUAUUCGAGAUAUCUCCUAUCAUAUCACAUCUUUUCCUUACAUCGAACAAGACACGUAUAACAGAAGUAGGAGAUAAUUGGGAAGUAGGAUUGUCAUUGCCUUGCACUAUGACUCACCUCAAGUUUGUUGAAAUGAAAGAAGUGGAAGGAUCUGAUAAUGAGCUUAAAUUUGUGAGCUUUUUGUUGAAACGGGGGAUUGCUUUGGAGAUAGUGGAUUUGUGUUUUUGUCCUUAUUUUGGCUCAGCUGAUAACCAGAGGAAAUUGUUACAAUUUAAAAAGAAGCUAGGAGCACUUCCAAGAGCUUCUAACUGUUUGACCUUUUUAGAUGUUUUUUCGAUUGCAAUUAUUGAAGACGCUGGAGUUGACAGUGCUCAUCGUUUCUUCUUCCUUAACUGCAUCUGUUUACCUCAAUUGUUUUUGAUUGGUUUGAUUGGUAUUUUUGUCUCUGUAAGAGAUACUUUUUUAGCUAGAAUCUCCGUGGACUCUGUUUUGUGCCUGAUGUGUAAUUCGGGGAGGGAGACCACUCAAACACUUGCUUGUGGAAUGCCUUUUUGCUAG